AUGGAGAGCCCCGGGCGCGAUUUCCUGCUCAGCACAACCGAGAAAAUGGAAGCGAAGGAGGGUCCCGCCGCGGCGGAGUCAGUCAUACCUAUCACCAGUCACAAAGAGGAUAUCGAUCCAGAGAGCUUCGCACCCCCAGAUGGAGGUCUUGAUGCAUGGUUGACUGUUCUAGGAACGACAAUGAUAGCUUUCGGAACAUUCGGUCUUGUAAACGGAUACGGAGGGUUUGCAGACUUCUAUAAGCAAGAAUAUCUGUCCAACUACUCGCCAACUUUAGUGUCAAUGAUUGGUGCACUGCAAGUCUUCGUUCUCUACAUUUUUGCAGGAUUUGCGGGAGCCGUUUUCGAUGCUGUUGGUCCGCGGUAUCUCGUACCAGCUAGUGGUAUCACAGUUGUCUUUGCUCUCUUUAUGCUGUCGAUAACGCGUCCAGGACAAAUAUAUCAGCAGUUCCUAUGUCAGUCUGUCUUGUUUAGUGUGGGUGCCACUUUCAGCUUCUUUCCUUCUAUGGGCCUCAUCCCGCACUGGUUUAAGCGGAAACUUCCUUAUGCCAUCGGACCUCUGACCGCAGGGGCAAGCAUCGGUGGUAUAGUGUUCCCCAUCAUGCUUGCUAAGCUGAUACCUCGGGUGGGUUUCGGAUGGACGAUUCGGAUCAUCGCCUUUAUGACGCUUUUCUGUUUCAUUGUUGCAACUCUGACGGUGAAAGCCCGAAGGCCUACGAAGCCUCUUCCCCCUUUCCACAUGUUGUUCGACUUUGGCGCCUUUCGAGAUCCUUGUUACGUCUUUUUAGCCACAGGGUGCUGGUUUUCAGUUUUUGCUGUUUUCAAUCCUUUCUUCUAUCUCGGACUCUACGCCUCAACGGCCAAUCCGUCCUCCAGCCUGAAUCCCUACUACCUAGCUAUCCUUUGUGCGACGUCGAUAGCCGGCAGGACGAUACCUGGUGUUAUCGCCGUCCAUGUCGGCAGAUUUAAUGUGCUCUGUAUAUCAACGCUGAUAUCCGCCAUCCUCAUAAUCGCCUUAUGGUACACCUCAACUGCCGAGCCGAAUUUGAUAGCGUUCUCUGCGCUUUAUGGUUUCUUCUCGGGACCAUUUUUUGCUUUGAUGCCGGCCUGUGUAUCGCAGAUAUCCCCCGUUGAGAAAGUGGGCGCCCGAAUAGGAGGUACAUAUGCUUUCAUGGCGCCCGCAACAUUCGCUGGCACUCCGAUUACAGGGAUUUUCAUUAGAAAACAAACGAUCCCCAACUUUCAGCAUCUGAUACUGUUCUCCGCUGUAGGGGCUCUAAUCGGGACUGCUUUCUUAUUCGUAUCUAGAUUUAUCAAAGAACGCAGGGUUUUCGCUGUCAUAUAG